AUGGAGACACAAUACCCGAAACUGGUGAGUUAAUGCCGUUUUUUGCAUCACUUUGCCUCCUGUGAAAAGAUAAGGCACAAGCAUAUAAUCGAAGGAAAGUUGCUGUAACUUUAAGUACGUCCUGUUGAUAGAUCGGUAUGCGCGUUAGUGAAUACAGUCUAUGAUCUUCACUGACACUAGACUUAAAGUUUCAUUUAUUUAUUAUUUACUUCCACUGUUUUGGAAAGAUUUCAAGCUGUUUGUGAUGCUACGAAGUAUGUGGUUGUGGCUUUAUAUGUUGUAUUAAAGUGUUUUUGCACCACAGGCUACAUGAAAGUAUCGUAAGCUGUUAAAUGUCUUCGUUAAGUUCAUAAAGUUACAUAUACACAGCAAACACAGAUAUAAACACUUACUUUGUUUGCAGGCACGACCGAAGAGGAAACUCUGCUACCUUACAAACUCAGACAGGUACAUUUGAAAAUGUAUUUUGUUACACUUCUUUAUGUUUAUUAAUAUGUUUACUAUUUGCUGUGUGACUGCAUCUUCCUUCAGUGAUUGCAAACCAGGUGUCACCUAUCUAUCUAUCUAUCUAUCUAUCUAUCUAUCUAUCUAUCUAUCUAUUUAUUACACUCAUAUGUGUAGUAAAUAUUACAUACAUUUGAUGGAUGUCACUAAGCCAAUGUCUGUCAUUAGGGCCAAUAAUUUAGGGUGUUUCCAUUGCAAACUGAAAGUUAGACGUUUGAAAUGUGCUUCUAUGAUAUUGCCAAUGUAAUAAUUUACUCGUUGAACCACAAAGUGAUAUUUUGCAUUGGAAAUAAAUGCUCAUUAAAAUUUGUCACAAGUAUUAUUUGAUGUUAUGGGUUGUGAUUUAAGAUUUCAGUGCAUGUUUAAUACAGAUUUAAUGGUUGGGAGUAUGAUUUUAACUGAACAUCUGUGUUUUCAGUCUACCUAAAAAAUGGGCAGGAACCCUGAAUCUAGAAGACGUUGAUAAAAUCUUUGAUGACGUAGGUAAGUUGGGUUUAUGGUUAUCUUUACCUUGAAUAUAAUAAUCUUGUUUUUUAUUUCUGUAAUAUUAACCCGUUUUUCCUUAGCGUCACCCUCAACAUGUGAUGAUGAGCUACACCCUUCAUCUACUUUGCUUCAGACCUUGGAUGAGUCAAACCAGUGUGAAAAAGUGGAUUCACCAGUCCCACAGAGAAGUCUCACACAGAAAAAACAUCUUGAAUGCCAUACGGUAAUAUAUAGUCAGACACACCCAUGCUUCUUUUAUAAACCUGCAUCUUUGUUACACAUAUAACUGAUUAUACUGUAUAUGUAUGUAUAUGUAUAUGUGUGUGUGUGUGUGUAUUUCUGUUUUUCCAUGAAGAUAGACUGAUUGAUUGGCAGAUAGAUAGAUUUGUAUUUGUUUUCCACUGGUCAGCAUUCACUGCACUUAUGUCCUCAGGGAAGACAUAUGGAGAGUGGUUAAACACAUCUUUGUGUACUCUAUAGGGUCCUAAAGAAAGUGCCCUGAAUCCUGCCACAAGGUCUCCCAGUCCAAAUCCUGACAUGGGUAAGAGAAUCAAAUCUGUAUUCUUGGAGGAAAUAGCCAUUUUCAAUUCACUUGCAUAAGGCAUUUUUCUUACCUACCCAUGAGCUCUUUUUUAUGUUGUGUAAUAUUGUGUCUUUUAUUAAAGAGUACUUUUUUUGUUGUUGUUGCAGAUUUAGACAUCCCGUUUAAAGGGCAUGGGCCCGUAAAAACAUCCAGUCCUAUUGAAGAGAACUUGGUGGUAGAACAGGCAAGAGAGCAGAAUGAGGAAAAGGACAGAGCUGUGUCUCCAAUUUUAUUUGAUUGUCAAUAUGAUGAUGAAGAGGCAGAGACGGGACGUGUAUCCUGCCAGAAAAUACAAUCCAAUGGGCACCCCACAGAAAAGUCAGUACUUAUAAAUGAUAUAUUUUAUCUGCAGCUAGAAUUGUUUUCAUAUUUCUGACUUAUUUUUGUCAGGGUGAUGCUGUGUUGAUCUUUCUGAAUACUGAUAUAAACUCAUGCAUUCAUAACAUGUUUUGUUUUUAUCAUUGUUUACUCCAGAAAUAAAGACUUUGAGCUGGAGUCUCCUCCACUUCAAGUUAUGUUAAGCAAACCCAGGGUGUCCGGUCACAAAAAAGAGGUGGAGAGACUCUGGUGAGGACCUUUCUAUUUCUCUCUCCAAGAAAUAAGUUUGUCUGCAAACACCCAGAUACCUUAAAAUCUGUGAAACAACCACUGUGGUGUAUGAUGCACUGUUUUGUGUUGUGAUUAAAUUGCCCAUGACAUGCCUUCGAGUAUGGAAAUAUAUUUUGGAAAUAUAUUAUUUUAUACUUAUGUGCAUGUGUUCUUGAUAACUCAUUUGCAGCAACAAGAGUCAGCCGGCCAAAGAGCAAACACCCAAGAAACCCCAAAAUGAGGUUGUGGCUGUGGUGAAAGAAAAAACACCCAAGGAAUCCCAAAAAAGUGAUCUGACUGACAAAAGGAAAACAGAAAAGUAAGAAAUUAUAAGUUUUUAAGAUGUAUGGGAUGUCUAUGGGAUUUUUUUUUUUUAUUCAAAAAAAAUCUCAGCUCUUUGACCACACAUAGACAGGAGUUAGAUGAAAGGCAAUAUUGAUAAUAUUGGUAUUUGAAUAUGGAAAAUAUUAAUCUUCUGGAGUCCGAUCAACUUUGCUUUAAAACAGUGUUCAUGUGAGAUUUUUUACUACUAAAAUAAGCUGGUUUGACAGUAAACUGUAUUUCAAAUGUGACAGAGUGGAAGAAAAGGGACACAAAGAGCCUUCAGUGCGAGCAGUGAGACAGGAGCCUGAACUCCCUGCUCCAACCCAAAAGUCAGUAAGUGGUCCCAAGAAGCCGUCAGCAGAGGUUCCCAUCCGAGCUGGAAAAGACAUGGCAUCUUUCCUGCUGAAGCUCAGAGAAGCGGGACAGUCCAAACCUGCCUGGUGAGUCGAUAAAAGAAUAAACCUUUAUAGUACUUAAGUAUCAUCGUGCUGGGAAUGUAAAGAGCUAAAAAAAAAUAAAAAGCCCCUUGUGUUUCAACAUUAAAUCAUGAAUUUAUUGUGUUUUUAGUCAGAGGAAGUCUCUGUCACCUGUAAAAAUACCCACUCCGCCUCCUGAGCCAGAGGAUGAUUUCUUGAUUCUGGAGGAUGAAACACCACUCUGGAUUUCCAUUCCAACUAAGAAUGCCGCGAGUAGAAAACAGAGACAGAAGGAGACGUCCAGCACAGACAAAGAUAGCUCUAAAGAGACACCAGCUGAGACUGAACAAAAACAGCAGGAAUCAGAACAGGCAAAUGAAAAACUGGGAUCAGGAACUCUAAAUCAGAAAGUGAAGAAGACAAAGGGGAAAGAGAAGAAGAAUAAGGAGGUUGAGCCCAAAAACGAUGCCCCUGGAUUACCUACUCCUAAGGAUCCUCCUGCUGUCGACUUAAUGGAACAAGGAAAACCCAAUAAAAAGAAACAACAACUGAAGAAAGUUUUAUCUGAAGAGAGUGAUGGAGCACAGGAGCAAUCUGAAGACAUGGCCUGUAGAGAUAAAGAUAAGGCAAGGUCUUCUCUGGACGUGAGAAAACAACCCCAGAAGUCCCCUGAAAAGAAGAAAGUGAAGCCUUUGAAUAAACUGAAGGAAAAUGCCAAGAAAGGAAAAACUAAGACGUUAAAGGAGAACAAAAAAGUAAACAAACCGAGACAAGGGAGCAGGGAUUCAGAAGAACCUGGCGCUCAAUCAGGUAAGGAAGUCCCAAAAUCUUUUCCCAUCUGCUCUUUGAUUCUCCGUCACUUUUAUCAAAAUUGUUUUUGAUCAUUUAAAUUUAAAUAUGGGAUUUAGGAUUCAAAGAGCUCCAUUUUAUUUCCCUAAAGAAGGCAUGAUGUUCUUGAUUGAAAUUCAAAACAAAGGCUCAAAAAUAUCUUCGAAAAACUGAAUGUAAUUAAGACGUCUCAAACUUUCACCUUUGCUUUUGUUUAAUGAGACUGAUUCAUGGAUUAAGACCCAGGUUAGGUUCCAAAAGCAGGUUUCUCUUCCCCCUAGAACCAUACAGAUUUUCACAAAUUUACUUUUCACAGAGACUUGUCACGACAACAGACACCAAAAUAAAUAACAAUGACACAGUGUGGAAAUCUUUGAGAUUUUAUCUAGAAUUAGACUUAGAGGUUGUAAGCAUCUUACUGGACAUCUAAUUUGUCUUCAUGAUUUUCACAGACCAAGAAGUGGCUCAUUCUGAAGCAGAACCAGUGAUGGGUCCAGCUGAUAGAAAUGAUGAACUGGAGGAACCACUGCCCAUGUCUGAUGAGAAUUUAUCUAACGAUGAGGACAAUCUUUGGAGAAGGAAAAGACAGCAGAUUAAACAGUGGUUGAUGACCAGCCCAGAAAAGACAAAAGUUACAGACAGACAGUCUACGUCCAAGAAGACAAAGCAGAAGAAGGAGCCUAACACAGCGACAGCAUCUCCUGUAAAAGCUAAAAAAGAAAAUCUCUUGAAGAGAGGGAAGAAGACAGAGACUGCAUCAUCGUCCAGCCAGAAGACGACUAAAGCUAAAGCAAAGAAGACAAAACCAAGCAAAAACAAAAACAAAGAAGACUCACCAGUCAAGAAGAAAGCAACCCACAAAGUAUUUGAUGAGAUUGAGGUAGAGCAGGUGGGAGAGCAUGAGCGGCAGGACAGGAUAGAGGAGGACGGACAUGAGCUGUCUAGUCCCUUUGACUGCACACGUAGAAACUGCAGCACAGGUAAGGGGUAUGAUCUCAAACAUAAGAAUUCAUGAAAAAGUACGUAUGUUUAGUUUUCUUCUUCUCUUGUAACUGACUAAGAUGCAAUAUUUUCAGGGAGCCAGGUGUUUCAAAAAGUCUACCACCACACCCCAACUCAAAAAAAAUUGAACACACCAGCACCUGUCACACCCCAAAGGCCGCAGGAGCAGCUUAAGGCAGCAGAACCAUGGAAACGGAGAAGGAAAGCUCCUGGUAGCUGGUGGUUAGUUGACGGCCCACCAGUGGAAGUGGAGAAUAUCUCCUCACAGCCUCAGCAGCAGGAGCCCAAAUCUCAGAGGGGGAAAAAAAAGAAGUCCAAACAGGAAUCUAAAAUACUUGAGACUCCUAAAAACAGUAAUGUUUCUGUUCCAUCAAAACCACAAGGGGGCCCUCCUGUUCCUCAGCUGAAUGUAAAGCCGUCAUCCGCUCCAAAGACGGUCAAACGCUCUCUGGCCUUGUUCAAAGGCAUUCUCACUUCAAACAUAGAGACACCAACAGGGGAGAGCAGCAAAGAAGUAGGUCAGAGAAACACUCAUCAGGUCACUGCUACUGACCCUCCAAUACCUGAGUUUAGAAUCAAAGAUGUUUUCAGUGUGGAUGCUGGAGAGCCUAACAGCCCUCCUAACCAGGAUGCCACACAGGACAGCAGGUGUCAGUCAGAGAUCACGUAAGGGAAUGAAGUCUGACUACUUGUCACUCAUUAACGUCUAUUAUUAUCAUUAUUAUUGUAAGUUUUGGUUUUAUUAUGUGUUCAUUAGGGUUUGCAGUUUGAAAGCCCACAGAAGCGGACCAUCUUCAAUGAUUGAGCUGCAAGUAUAUGAGGAAGAUGGCACCUCUGGUAUGUUUCAAACCCGACUUUGUAGAAUGAUUUGGUAUUAGGGAUGCAUGACAUGGAUUUCUUGGAUCUGAUGCAGAUCUCACUAGUGAGACUGCCGAUAUUUUCUUGAUAUUCUUGUAUUUUAAAAUGUGUAGCUUUUAGACACCUGGUGUUAAAGGGAUAUUCCAGCGUAAAUUUAAGUUAUGGUCAGACACACAGUAACACUGAGUUAGACAACCCCUCUAGAGAUGAAUGUUGCCGACUGCUUGCUUCUCUAGUUAUACCAACUUCAGCAACAACCGCACGAUAGCAAUACAAAGCGGUCUUUGGAUCCCUACGCACACCUCAACCAAAACGCCACUCUAUAGCCACAAAUAAUGCUCAGAACUGCACCUAACUUCAUCAGCAGUACAUAUAGGGUCCCAGCCAUAGUACUAGCCAUCAAACAUCUUUUUUUAACUUUGCCUGAUUUCUUUAGCAAAGAGAUCAAACACAACUCACCCACUCUCUUCCAUCAGCCGCUUGUUUGUGGGGGAGCCCUGACGAGUCGAUCACCAAGUGCAGUGGAUCAUUUCCAUUAAGUAGUAAUCGUUUUGCACUGCAGACACGGUAGUUCUUCUGCCUUAGCGUCUCAGUCUGAUUGCAUUUCCAUGAAGUAAUAAUCACAAAUGUUUCUCCUUGAGCUGUGUAACCCCCCUGCACUCGGUGAUCGACUUGUCAGGGCUCCCCCCUCCCCAAACAAGCGGCUGCUGGAGGAGAGUGGGUGAGUUGUGUUUAGUCUCUUUGCUAAAGAAAUCAGGCAAAGCUGAAAAGAUGUUUGGUGGCUGGUACUAUGGCUGGGACCCUAUAUGUACUGUUGAUGAAGUUAGGUGCUGUUCUGAGCAUUAUUUGUGGCUAUAGAGUGGCUUUUUGGUUGAGGUUUGCGCGUGGAGAUGUAGACCGCCGUGUAUUGCUAUCGUGUGGUCAUUGCUGAAGUUUGUAUGACCAAAGAAGCAAGAGGCCGGCAACAUUCAUCUCUAGAGGGGGUGUCUAACUCGGUGUUACGGUGCGUUUGAGCAUAACUUAAAUUUACGCCUGAAUAUCCCUUAAAGAUUGAGCAAAGAUGAACUUGAAUUUUGGUUCUACACUGAAGGAUCCUAAAUAAAACCCACAAUUUUUAACCACAGGAAACAAAGAAAAGUCCAACAAAAUCGGAGCAAACACAUGCUGAUGCUGUUGUGGUCAGACUGUGGAUGUGUGGAGAGACCACUCUUCCAAACAUAACAUAAGCUGGUGGAAUCUCUGAUAAAUCAGCACUACACACUCACUGAUUUGUUCUCGCUGAUGCUAUCUAUGGCCACUGCUGCUUUGUAUUUCCCCAAUUUGAUACGAUACCUGCAUGCUUUGACAUACUGCACCCCCACUCUAAGCUUCAAACAGGGCUUGAAUAAAAAGGAUGAAAUAAUUCACAUUCGACAUUUGUUCAUUCAGGCCUGAAAAGUAGCUGCAAUAUUUACUCUGAGGCCCCUCACCUUCUGUCAGGGAUUAAAAAUGCAGCAGCCUUGCCCGGACAGGAAACUCUCAUCACGUAAACAGCUUCACCUGAAGCUGAAAUUAAUUGACUCAACUCAAUUAAUUAAUUAUGUAGACUCAACUCAGUAUUUGUUGUAUUUGUAUUUUUUUCUUUUUCAAUUCAUCUCAAAUAUGACUCUCUACCUUCUUUUCUUUUGUCACUCCAGGUGUGCUCUCACCCAAAGUUCGUACUGCUCUGUCUGCAUCAGAUCUGUGGGGUCCUCCGCUCAAACCGCUAACCAUACAGCUGAAGGAUAAAGUCAACUUGAUGGAGUGGUUUAGGAGUCUAUGGUCUACCAAUGCUGAUGGUAAGACAACAUGAUUUCUUAUUAAAAAGCAACUGUUCCUAAUCAGCGGUAACAGGCUUUUGCCGUGACGGUAAGAAACUGGGCACUGGGCAUGUCUUUCAGAGUCCCUGUGACUGAACAGCCAUCAUUUAUGUACUCCAAUUAACCCUUUGUACUUUUGUCAGGACCUGUCAUUUAAUGUUUUUUUCUUACUGUUUUAAAUAGUCUCAGGUGAUUCUGAAAUCACGCCGGACCAGUUUGACUGGUAUUUCUAUAAGGGCCGAGCUAUUGGCUUCCUGGUUGACUUGGACUCUGGGACCAUAUGUAAUGGAAAAAUCCUGCUGGGCUCCUUCAUGAAGAAGCCUCUGUGGGUGGAUCACAGCGCCACAUCAGUCAGUACUUCUUGUUAAUCCUCACAUGACUUUUUGUUUCUUGUGUUGUUUUCCUCUUAAUUUUUGGUUGUCGUCUUUUUAAAGGUUUUUAACUUGUUAACAAGUUCAGUGUGCGUAACCAUCAAUGGCAGUGAGUCCCGUUUCAAUCCUGGACAGUCCUUCAUGGUGCCAUGUGGUAAGAUUGAUAGCUGCAUGCAUGUAGAAUUCAACCAUCUUUUAGGAGGACUUUUUAGCAAUAGUCAUAUCUGUGACAAGGUGAAGUGUGUUUUUGUUUCUGACACCUGUUCCUUUGUUCACACAGGUAAUGCUUACAGCAUUGAGAACGUCUCAUCACAGCCUGCAGUUAUGUGCUUCACUAGAAUAUUAGCUGAAAGCUUAGAAUGA